GAAUGCCAUCUUCUUAUCUUCAGUUUGUAUGGCUUUGUGUCUCUCUUCAUGGCUUUCUGUGUGACUCUCUGCUACACAUCCUUCCCUUCUCUUUCCAGUUUCUCAAAAACUUUGAGAAGGAAACAUGUCCCUUUUUUCCCAUUGAUUCGUGCAGUUCAAGCUGGUGAAUCUGCAAGCAGCUCACAGUCACAGUCACAGACUAAGAGUAGUACUGAUGCCUCCUCCUCUAAUGCUCAAUCAAGUGCUGCCCCUAAGAUUCCUAAGAGACCCGUUUAUUCCAUGAAGAAAGGUCAGAUUGUGAGGGUUGACAAGGAGAAAUAUCUCAAUAGCAUCAAUUAUCUUUCUGUUGGGCACCCACCCUAUUACAAAGGAUUGGACUACAUUUAUGAAGACCGUGGUGAGGUCCUGGAUAUGCGUAUAUUUGAAACAGGAGAGCAUGCACUUGUUGCAUGGGUAGGAGUCCCCACUGCUCCAGCUUGGCUUCCUACAUACAUGCUUAUCAAGUCAGAGAAGCUCAACUAUGAGAGGCUAUAACCCUCAAAUUGGGGAGCAUAACUAUGUAAUAUAUACUAUAUAGAGAUAAAUAUUGUUUGUCUAACAUUGUAAGAUUGCAUGUUUCAAGAAGAUUGAUUUGAAAUACCAUCUUAGACACUAUACCCCGUCUUUAGUUGAGCAGCAUGAUCAGUUCAAAUGACUGUGUCAAUUAUUUGGGACAAAUGACAAUCAUUAUUGCCACCCAGCUGAAGGUUUUGGUGAUGACUAUCAUUGUAUUUAUGAUUCUCUAUUUUAAAUUUUUAAUAAAUAUGAAGUUAAACCUC